AUGGCGCUAUCAUAUUUAUUGCUUUUUGAAACAGGUUUGAUAUUGGGGGUCGGGGCUAUAAUCUACAAGAUCAUAUACAACCUCUUCUUUUCGCCCCUGAAACAAUUCCCAGGGCCGCUCCUCAACGCAGCCUCCAGUCUUCCCUACGACAUUGCCUGCGCCAGGGGCUCAGCCGUGCGCGUCCUGACCAAGCUCCACGACCAAUACGGCCCCAUCGUGCGCACACGGCCCAACGAGCUGUCGUAUCUCGAGGGCUACACGUGGAGGGAUGCCUAUGGGUUCCGGCCGGGCCACGCCGAGUGGUUCAAGGGCGACUCCUUUAGCUACCCCAACGGCAGCCCGGGCAUCAUUGGCGCGCCCAGGGAGGACCACCGGCGCAUCCGGCGCAGUCUCGCCCACGUCUUUUCGAGCCAGGGCCUCCGCGACCAGUCGCCUCGGAUCCUCGAGUACGCCGACCAGCUGCUCGCCGCGCUGGCCAAGCACGCCCAGUCGGGCCCCGUGGACGUCGUCCAGUGGUUCAGUUGGACCACCACCGACGUGAUUGGGGAUCUCGCCUUUGGCGAGGCGUUUGGCGCCCUCAAGGACGAGAAGCAGCACGAGUGGAUGUCUCUGAGCUUCAAGCUUCUGCGCCCCGCCGUCUUGAUUGGUAUCCUUGAGAGGUGGCACAUUAUCGCGCUCGCCGCCAUCCUGUUACCUUCGGAUGUCCUUGGCGGCGUGCAGGAUAAUGCAAAGUACAUUUCAGAAAAGGUCAAGAAGCGGCUCGCUUACGGCAAGGACCGCGGUGAUUUCUUUGACCGCCUGCUCAAGAAUGGGCUCGUCGUCGAUAGCGAAAAGGGGUUCCGACAUACGGCCGAUGGCCAAGAGGGCUUCACGGUCGAGGAGCUCGAGAGCAGCGCCCAGGACCUUGUGUUUGCCGGAUCAGAGACCACGGCCACGCUACUCUCGGGUACCGUGUACUUUCUUCUGCAGAACCCUCAGGUACUUGACAAAGUGGCCGCCGAGGUACGCACUGCCUUUUCCAAGGAAGAAGACAUUACGGUUGCUUCAACCGAGCCCAAAUUCCUCCCAUACAUGGAUGCCGUGCUCAACGAGUCGAUCCGCAUCUACGACCCCGUGCCCACCUUUGGGCCUCGCGUGGCUCCCAAGGGGGGAGAUACGAUGAAUGGCAUUUUUCUUCCCGAAGGCACACGCGUAUUCGUGCCCAAAUAUGUCUCGAACAGGUCACCACUCAACUUUGCCAGGCCGUUGGAAUUCAUACCUGAGCGUUGGUAUCCCAAAGGCCAGGGGCGUCCGGAAGAGUUUGACAAUGACAACCCGACGGGAGCGUGGCAGCCGUUCAGUUAUGGGCCGCGCAAUUGCGUUGGCAUGAAUCUGGCCAACGCUGAGAUGCAUUUGAUUUUAGCCAAACUGCUCUGGCGAUUUGAUCUGUGCCUCCCAAAUAUGACGGAGAAGGAAAAGCACGAAUGGGAUCACUGGGUCGAGAGGCAAGAUGUUUGGUUCCUUUGGGUUAAGCCGCCGUUAUUCGUCGAUCUCAAGGCAAGGCAAUAG